GGGCAAACACACGCACACACACGCGCACACACAGAGUCAUGUGAUUUCCAGUAACUGCAGGAUCAGAAAGUGAAAGCGUUCAGACCAUAGACUAGAGGUUCAGACUUAAUUCUAACUACAAGGAGCAGAGAGAGGAAACGUGAAGUCUGAGGCUGCUCACAGUCAGGGUCAGUGUUUUUCCUCUCAGACUGAAGAUGAGUGGUCAUCCGGAGGACAGAGCAGAGUCUGCAGUGUUCAGCUGGGUGUCUCUGAAGAGUGACCAGUCAAAAGGACUUCCUGUCAGUACUAAACCUGGACCCUCAAACACAAAACUCAUUGGUUGUGGACUCUCAGAGACUCAUUGUGAAGUUGUGGCCUCAGCUCUGAAGUCAGACCCCUCACAUCUGAGAGAACUGGAUCUCAACAGCUUGCAGGAUUCAGGAGUGGAGCUGCUGUGUUCUGGACUGGAGAGUCCAAACUGUCGACUGGAGACUCUAAGGUUGUGGAAAUGCAGACUGUCUGGGAUCAGCUGUUCUUCUCUGGCUUCAGCUCUGGUGUCAAACCCCUCUUAUCUGAGAGAACUGGAUCUGAGGGACAACAACCUGCAGGAUUCAGGAGUGGAGCUGCUGUGUUCUGGAAUGGAAAGUCCAAACUGUCGACUGGAGACUCUGAGGUUGGAGAGCUGCAGACUUGAAUAUAUCAGCUGUUUACAUCUGGUUUUAACUCUGAGCUCAAACCCCUCUCAUCUGAGAGAACUGGAUCUGAGGGACAACAACUUGCAGGAAUCAGGAGUGGAGCUGCUGUGUUCUGGACUGAAAAGUCCAAACUGUCGACUGGAGACUCUGAGGUUGGAGAGCUGUAGACUGUCAGGGAUCAGCUGUGUACAUCUGGCUUCAGCUCUGAGCUCAAACCCCUCUCAUCUGAGAGAACUGGAUCUGAGGGACAACUACCUGCACGAAUCAGGAGUGGAGCUGCUGUGUUCUGGACUGGAAAGUCCAAACUGUAGACUGGAGACUCUGAGGUUGGAGAGCUGCAGACUUGAACAUAUCAGCUGUGUACAUCUGGCUUCAGCUCUGAGGUCAAACCCCUCUCAUCUGAGAGAACUGGAUCUGAGGAACAACAACCUGCAGGAUUCAGGAGUGGAGCUGCUGUAUUAUGGACUGGAAAGUCCAGACUGUAGACUGGAGACUCUGAGGUUGGAGAGCUGCAGACUUGAACAGAUCAGCUGUGUACAUCUGGCUUCAGCUCUGAGCUCAAACCCCUCUCAUCUGAGAGAACUGGAUCUGAGGGACAACAACCUGCAGGAAUCAGGAGUGGAGCUGCUGUGUUCUGGACUGGAAAGUCCAGACUGUCGACUGGAGACUCUGAGGUUGGAGAGCUGCAGACUUGAAUAUAUCAGCUGUUUACAUCUGGCUUCAGCUCUGAGGUCAAACCUCUCUCAUCUGAGAGAACUGGAUCUGAGGGACAACAACCUGCAGGAUUCAGGAGUGGAGCUGCUGUGUUCUGGACUGGAAAGUCCAGACUGUCGACUGGAGACUCUGAGGUUGGAGAGCUGCAGACUUGAAUAUAUCAGCUGUUUACAUCUGGCUUCAGCUCUGAGGUCAAACCUCUCUCAUCUGAGAGAACUGGAUCUGAGGGACAACAACCUGCAGGAUUCAGGAGUGGAGCUGCUGUGUUCUGGACUGGAAAGUCCAGACUGUCGACUGGAGACUCUGAGGUUGGAGAGCUGCAGACUUGAAUAUAUCAGCUGUUUACAUCUGGCUUCAGCUCUGAGGUCAAACCCCUCUCAUCUGAGAGAACUGGAUCUGAGGGACAACAACCUGCAGGAUUCAGGAGUGGAGCUGCUGUGUUCUGGAUUGGAAAGUCCAGACUGUCGACUGGAGACUCUGAGGUUGGAGAGCUGCAGACUGUCAGAGAUCAGCUGUUCUUCUCUGGCUUCAGCUCUGAGGUCAAACCCCUCUCAUCUGAGAGAACUGGGUCUGACUAACUACAACCUUCAGGACUCAGCAGUGAAGGAGCUGCUUGAUCUAAAGCAGAGUUCAGGCUGUCGACUGGAGACUGUGAGAUGGAGCUUGUGAUCUUUGUGAAGGUGAAUGUGAAGAGGACAGUGUGUGUGGACGGAGACUGAGCUGUGUCCUGAUGAUCCACAGAGGCUGAAGCAGCAGCAGCUUGUGUGCGGUCUCCAAUUUACACAACCCCUAAUCUGCAUGUGUUUAUGAGAUGAAGCCGGAGCACCUGUUUAAAACACGGGGAGAACGUGCCAUCUCCACACAGGAAGACCCCAUCUGAACCGGAUUCAAACCAGGACCCUUCUUGCCCCUAAAUCUUUCCCCAAUUGUGUUUAUUCACAUGAAGAAUAUGUUUAUUGAAAUGACACAACACCAAGCAGAAUAGAUAAACACUCUAUAAAGAGUCACAUAUAGUGUAUUUAAAUUUGCCUUUAUUAUUUUCCACAUUUGCCCCUCAGUAUAUCUCUGUGGCAGUUGCCCUUGCCACGGGUCCCUCCCACACACAGCCAGAGACGGAAGUGUUGCUUUUUAACAUACUUUAUUAUCACCACAAAUAAACUUAAUCACACACUAAGCAGACUUGCUUUCCAGAAGUGUCUGGGAUUCUCUCCAGUGUCUGAGUCCUUGAGUUCCCCCUUGAGGCAGUGAAGACGAUGCAGGUGAGGGUGCUCUCCUAGCCCCCUCACCUCCACAAUCUCCAUGUGGGUAUAACCCAAUUCUUUGUAUAUGUUUGUUUAUGAACUUAAAAUUCCGGGUUUCACGUCACAAAUUGAUUUCGUUGGACACAAAUUGCAAUUCAUUUAAAUAACUUUGAGUUUAAAAUAAGAGUUUUGUCUAUUUGUCUUAGGCCAGGUUUAAGGUUAGGUUAGUGUAAGGGAAAAUUCAACUGACCAGGUGUCUCACUGCUGUGACUUUGACAAACAGGGAGGUUGCUACAGCAGAUCGACACACAUGAUGAUUUAAUGUCUUUUUUUCAUAUGCGGUUUGAUGAAGCGCCUCUUUGUAUUAGUUCUGGCUUGUCUUUUUUCAUAUUGUUUUAUGAAACGCCUCUUUGUAUAAGUUCUGGCUUUUGUGAACUUGCGGCCAGUUCCUUUUUGAGCACCAGUGCUUAUUGUGUAACCUCUGCAGAGCUAUCUAUUAAAAAGCAUCAAAGGUAA